GGCGGCAGGCAGUAUACCGUCUAAUUCCGUGGCGUGCGUAUGCGUUGUGUGCCGUUCCGAUCUAUUUGUCUGUCGUAGUCGUCGUCACGCACAAAAUAAUUUUUUUGUCGUAAAAUAUAAUAUUAUAUAUAUUGUAUACAUUUAACACAGUUUUCACAAUCAGUAAACUCGUUCUACGACUGUUAUAGAAUUGUGCGCGGGUGAUCCGUAUUCGUCUUACGCAUAUAAUAUACACACACGCGCAUAUUUACGUAUUAUUAUAAUUUAUAACGUUUAUAAUAUAUGUACGGACUGUGAUCGCCACUGGUGGUGGUUGUGUCGGUGGUGUACUGGUGUAUCCUAUCUCGUCCUGGUUAUCGUACAAUAAUAAUAUGUAAUAUUAUGUUCGAGGCCAAUCGAUCCACGGUUUCCUGUUAAUGGUCUCCUCUGCAUUCACAUGGUGAGCACUAUUCCGCCGGCGGUGCAUUCAAACUUUCUUCGAUGAGAAUCACAUCUCUGUUUGUUUGAUGGUACUAGAAUCGAAAGGAGAGCCUAGCACUGAUGGAAUCCAAAACAAAAUUGGAAUUAAAGGGGUUUCCUAUACUUGUAACGAAGAUCAUAAAAAAGAAUACGUUCAUAUUGAAGUUGACAUGCCUCCAGCUAAUGGCCAUUUAAAUGAACGUCAAAGGCAGCCAUUGUUGGGCUUAUGUAAACAGGUGACAACAGCUAUUAGUAAUGGUGUUGGUUGGGAACCAAGAAAUGAUUCAAAUGCAGACAAUAGUGAGCAUCAACGACCUAAUAUGGGUCAUAUACACCAAGCCUUAGUAGACAACAAGCAUCAAUCUGAUAGUGGGACAACACCUACUGAAGAUGAUAUUGGGUUUAGUCACAAAUAUCUCAACAAUAAUGCCAAUGGAGCAGCUGUGCACAUAGAUAUACCAAAUAAUGCUAAUGUGUUAUCAUCGAAUGAUAAAAUUAGGAUUCCACAAGAGAAAUUCAAGACUUUUGUUGCAUUAAUACUGUUGAUUGUGAAUUUUUUAAUCACCACUACAUCUUUGGCUGUUGUCCAUGAAAGGGUGCCUGAUCGUAGUCUGUACAAACCAUUACCGGAUACAUUUUUAGAUGCUGUACCUGCUCGAGAUUGGGCAUUAGAUGUAUCAGAAAUAUUUAUCAUUGUCAGCACAAACUUAACAUUAUUAAUUAUUGCCAGUCAUAAGUAUAGGUUUAUUGUACUACGUAGAUUGAUGUUCAUGUUGUCUCUUCUAUAUCUCCUACGCUCUAUCACAAUGUUUGUAACUGUAUUACCCACUUCUAGUACCACUUAUUAUUGUUCACCCAAAGCCAACUCAACAAAUCCAGUACUGAUUGCUAGACGUGUAUUCCAGUUGUUUUCUGGUUUUGGUUUGUCAAUCAAUGGAAAGCACACAUUUUGUGGCGAUUAUAUAUAUAGCGGACAUACCACAAUUUUAGUGAUGAGUUACUUAAUCACCGUUGAAUACUCUCCCAGACGAUGGUAUAUAUUGCAUUGGGCUUCAUGGUUGAUGGCAGCUGUUGGAGUAUUAAUGGUACUCAUAGCACAUGGUCACUAUACUAUUGAUGUGAUUAUUGCAUACUUAGUUACUACACGACUGUUUUGGAUAUACCAUACAUUAGCUAAUAAUGUUUAUCUAAAGCAUAGCAGUUCCAAUAAUUACUUAUCACGAACAUGGUGGUUUUGGAUGUUCAAAUAUUUUGAAGGAAAUAUCAAUGGUCCAAUACCUCGUCAAUAUGAUUGGCCUUUACCAUGGCCUCGACGUUUCACAGCUGCUAAAUAUCCAAAUCGAGAUAGUUAGCCCAGGUCACGAAUCUCGUUUAUAAAAAAUGUUCCUUGGCUGUAAAAUAAUAAUAAAAUAUAAAACAAUAUCACAAAAAACUAAUUAACAUUUCCAUACUCAGAACUAUUCCUAUUUCUUUGACAUACAUAUACACACACACACACACAUAUAUAUAUAUAUAUAUGUAUAUAUUUGAUAUUUAAAAUUGAAUGUAUGCAUAUAUUUAUAAAUAUAUUUAUAUUGUUACAUGCCAACUGUUUGCUCAAACCAAUUUAAAAUUUAUAUGUACUUAAAACUUAAAAACAAAAAAAAUGUUAUGCUUGAAAUUAUUAAAAAUGACAAAACCUGAAAAUUAUAGAAAUUUCUUAAAAGUAUUAAAAUAAAAGUAUUUCAAAAAUUCAAAAAUUUAUCAAAUAUAUGUUACUUUUUAUUAAUAUUAGUCGUUUUUAGUUUUAUUUUUAAUAAAAUUGGAAUUUAUAGCCUCUAGAAACAUAUUGUGGGAAUUUGGUGAUAGGAGUUUUAUAAAUGUAUUUAUUAUACAUUUUAUUAUUCUUUUUUUAAUGAACGUUUUUAAAUAAAAUUUACUUUUCUAAAAUUUUAAAAUUCAUAGUAAUCAACUUUUAGAUAAUACAAUCAAUUAUAUAUUAAUAUGUAAAUCAUUUAAAAGUGUGUAACAAUAUAUAUAUAUAAUAUAUUAUAAACAUUUUGUUUAAAAUGUAUUUGUGUAAACAGAAUUUCCAUCUUCUCUUUAUUUUUAAAAGUAAAACAUUGUGGGGGCAUAUCCAUUUAAUAUUAUCUACUUACACCACACACACACACACACACACAACAUAUAUAUAUAUAUAUAUAUAUAUAUGUGUGUGUGUGUGUGUAUAUAUAGUAAUCAAAGUGAAUAUUUACUCCUUUCUAUUUACAUUUUAAAAUUAUAUGUAUAUUUUUUGCCAAUUUGUCUUACUCCAUCUUUUUCCUUACAGUAUUAAACAUUUUUUAAAUUAAAUAUAAUACCUAUUAUCAUCAGUAUUUUUAAUCGAUAAUCCAUAAUCAUUCUUCUAUAUGCAUUCAUGAAUUUACUUAUAAAUAUUUACAUAUAAACAUAAUUAUUUAUUGAAAACCCCACUUUUUUUAUUGACAAAUUGUGGUUUCUUUGUUUUUAAUUUUUAAUGUUUAAAAGUGGUUAUUAUUGUUUUAGUUUUUAAUAUUUAACUUAAGUUAUUUUUUUUUUUUUUACUUUGAUUUAUUUUACAAAACUGUUUGAAAAAGAACAAAUGUGGUUUUUUUUUAAUAAUAAUUUAUGUUAUCAGUGGUGUAUUUUCAAUGAUUUGUGCUAAGGGUCGUAAAUUAACUUAUAAUCUAUUUUAUUAUAUUACGUUUACAAAAUAUGUAACUAUACCAUGACUAAUUUUAUACUUAUUAAUUUAAUAGCUCUUGAUAUAAUAGUUAUUAUUAAAAUUAAAUAUUAAUUAUAUGCAAAUAAAAUUGUAAUUCAGAAUUGUAUAGUUUCAAAUUAUGAAAAUAGAUUUUUUUUUUUUUUUUUAGUUAAUGAAAGAUUAUAAUACUUUAGGACAAUUCUUGUAAAUAUGCCACUUUAUUAUGUUAUUAUAGUUACUUGUUCUUGUUUUUCUUUGUUGUUAAAACAAUAAUGUUAUAGCAUAGAACAAAAUGAAUUAUUAUUAUUAUUAUUAUAAAAAAAUAAUAUUUAUGUUAACUUAAUAUUUAAUUAUUAUUAUCUAGUCUUUGUUAAUUCUAAAACAAUUUUUUAUCAAGAUCAGAUCUCUUGUAUUUAAAGGGGUGUGCAUGACUGCUUCUUCCCCAUGCAAAUCUACCGGUUAUUUGGUCAGAUCUGCUCUUGAAAUGUUGCAAUAUAAUUAUUUGAUUUAUUAUGUAUAAUUAUUGUAUAAACCUAAUCAAGUUUUUUUUUUAGUUAAUUUUUUUACUGUUUUAAGUUUCACUUGACUUUUUAAUCAAUGUUUAAAGAGUUGAGUGAUGUAUUCCCUAAAAUGUUAGUGAGGUGAAACAUUUGCAUUUAAAUUGUAAUUCUAUAUGUUUUUAUUAUCAAAUAGUACAGUUUAUUUUCAAUGAAUUAUCAAUUGAGGUCCGUCCUUAUAAAAAGUAUUGAUACCAGUGGUUAAUAUUAAUAAUGUAAUGAAUAAAUAAUGACCAUAUAAUUAUUAUUUAAUUCUUGUUGAAAACUGUUGUAUACAUUCCUAGAAGUCAUUAUGGACUGGAAAAGAUAAGAGUAAUAUUUUUCAUUCCAUUCAGAAUAAACAAUUUUAUCAAAUAAAUACCAGUCAUUCACUCCAUUUAUAUACACAAAUUGUGCUAAAUGAAGUUGUGCUUAUAUUGCUUAUAAGCAGCUUUUUUUGUGCUUCAUUAGAUUGUCUGUGAUAGUCUUUGUGUGUUGCACUGACUAGCUAGAAAAUAAUGUUGUUACCUACCUGGAGUUUUUAUUUUUUCUAUAAAUCCAGAUAUUGUUUCUAAGUUCUAUGUGUUUUUUUUCUUGAUAAUAAUGACAAUUAAAUAAAUUGUCCGUUUCUGUGAUUUAAUGAAAAGAAAAAUAAUAAUAGUUGUAAAAAAAAAGAAGAAAAAAUCAAACAAUUUUAUUUUAGAAUGUUAAGAAAAUUUUAGUCCUUUAAAUGUUCUAAUAAUUUUUCAUUGUUUGUAAGGGACUAUUUUUAAAUGUACAAUUAUAAUUUUCUAUCAGUAUUUUGAAUAUUAAUAAAAUUAAAUUUGUAGUGUUUUUGCUUA